AUGAAAGUAUUUGUUGUAUUUUCUGCUCUGCUAGCAGUUGCGUCAGCCAGUUCCUUGUAUUUGGCUCGACUUGCACCAGCAAUUUCAAGUCAAUAUCAUUCUCAAGAUGGAAUUGGUCAAUACGCCUAUGGAUACAAUGACCAUCUAUCAACAAAGCAGGAAGUUAAAUCGUUGGAUGGAAGUACCAGAGGAGCCUAUAGUUACAUCGAUUCAAACAACGUUCUUCAAACUGUUAACUAUGUAGCUGACGCGGGUGGUUUCCGAGUUUCAGCAACUAAUUUGCCAAAACCUGUUGAAGUUCCAGCUCAAGAAUUACCACAGCAAAUUCCUGAUACAUUAGAAGUUGCUGCUGCAAAGUCGGCUCAUUUGGCUACUGUUGAAGAAGCCAAACAGCGAUUAGGUGUACAACAAAGAGUUUCAAUUUUCACUGGUGACUUACCACAACAAGUUCAAGAUACUCCCGAGGUUGCCAAGGCUAAGGCAGAACACUUUGCUGCGAUUCAAUCAGCUAAGAAUCAAAUUGGUUACCAGGUUCUUGCAGUUCCAGCUCCAAUUGGACUUCCUCAACAAGUCGUUGAUACCCCAGAAGUGGCCAAGGCUAAGGCAGAACAUUUUGCAGCCAUCGAAGCGGCCAAGAAUCAAAUCGGUUACCAGGUCCUAGCAGUUCCAGCUCCAGUUAAGGACACUCCCGAAGUUGCCAAAGCUAAAGCAGAACAUUUGCUAGCCAUCGAGCAGGCAAAGAUGCAGAAUUCUAUCCCAAAUAUCAGAUACACUGGAUACUCGUUGGUACAAAGUGCUCCAUUGAUUGCAUCACCAAUUCAAUUGUCUGCUUCAAGUUCAGUACCAUUGCCUUCCCAUGGAUUUUCAUACUCGUCAAGUAUUCUGAAUGAACCUUAUCCCGUUUCACACAAUGUAAAUGCGCCUUACUAUCGAAUUGUUUGGUAG